GUCCAGAUUGCGAUGAGAGAAAGUCACACGUAUGAAGAACUCUAAACGGAAACUAACUGAGGUCAAACUUUAAAACAAGCCUGACGGGCUUUUCUCGUAGAGCUCGCAAAUCACGCCUUUAAGCGCGUUCGUGCCAAGGGUUUAUUUCAGACGUGAUUUUGCCACGUUUGAAAAGGAUGUUCAUCUGAGGGCACAGGAGCGCGCAGAGGUGGGAGGCUUACUGAGGGGACCGUGCUCGCUCACGCGUGCUCUGACUCGAGCGGCUCUCGGCUGUGUCACCGCGCUGCCUCUGCCUGCCUAAACGGUAUAAUUAGCCGGUUCCGAUCAGUCGUCCCUGGGCCAUUUCACAGAGUUCGUCUGCCCGUGCUUCCGUUCUCUCCGCCGAUAUCAGCAGCGGCUAUGUGUGAGUAAAAAGCCAGCCAGGCUCCCCGCAGCAGCAAGAGGUGUCUCCAGACAUGGACCGGAUAGGAGUGUCAUUCCUGGACCCGCUGGAUGACUACGAGCUCAUCCACAGGAUUGGGUGCGGCACCUACGGAGAUGUUUUCAAGGCUCGAAACAUCAGGACGUCUGAACUGGCAGCUAUCAAGAUUGUCAAGCUCGACUCAGGUGAUGACAUCACCCCCAUCCAGCAGGAGAUUACCAUGAUGAAGGAGUGCAAGCACAAAAACAUCGUGGCCUACUUUGGGAGCUACCACAGAAACACCAAGCUGUGGAUCUGCAUGGAGUACUGCGGUGGAGGCUCCCUGCAGGAUAUCUACCAUGUGACGGGUCCACUGAAGGAGAAGCAGAUAGCAUUUGUGUGCAGGGAAACUCUCCAGGGCCUGUAUCACUUGCACGAAACUGGCAAAAUGCACAGGGACAUAAAGGGAGCCAAUAUCCUUUUGACCGAGCGUGGAGAUGUGAAACUGGCUGAUUUUGGAAUCGCAGCAGAGAUCAGUGCCUCUGUGGCCAAGAGGAAGUCAUUUAUUGGAACUCCUUACUGGAUGGCUCCAGAGGUGGCUGCGGUGGAGAAGAAGGGUGGCUAUAACCACCUGUGUGAUAUCUGGGCCGUCGGCAUCACUGCCAUCGAGCUGGCAGAGCUGCAGCCGCCCAUGUUUGACCUGCACCCAAUGAGAGCGCUGAUGCUGAUGUCCAAGAGCAGCUUCCAGCCUCCAAAACUUAAGGACAAAGCCAAGUGGUCUGCUGGCUUCCAUAGCUUUGUGAAGAUGUCUCUCAUUAAAAGCACUCGUAAGCGGCCCUCAGCUGAGACACUGCUGCAGCAUCCGUUUGUGACACAGCUGUUGACCCGUAACUUGAUCAUUGAGCUGCUGGACAUGGCCAACAACCCCGAGCUCCACACUCCCCACACAAACACCAUGGAUGACAUUGAGCUGGAGGUUGGGGUAAUGGCUCCUGACAAGAUUCAGUCAGCAGGGAAACACCUGCCUGUGGAAAGGACACCGUCUGAACAACAAUUUGACCAGGUGAAGUUUGGGCCUCCGCUGAGGAAAGUGACAGAGCCUUAUCCUGACUUGGCCUGUUAUGAUGACUGGAGUCUGUCUGGAGAUGAAGGAGGCUCACCGAGCCUGUUGGAAUGUGUGGAGCAAGCUCUCGAGCUGAGGAGUUUAACCAUCAAGAGAGUGCCAUGUGCUGAUGGAGGCAGAAAGAGCAGUGUCUUCAGUCCGUCUACGGCCUCACUGCCAGCCUUCAGCUCUUUGACUCCCAGCACAGAGGACAAAGAUCUUACACCGAGACCGACCUGUACACUGGGCCCCGACAGCGCUGUCACAGCCGACUCCACCACAG